AUGUCACGCAAGCGUCAUCGAACCACCCCCGCAGGCGCCAACGACCGUCCUGCCACAGCCUGCCACCCACUGACCAACCCAACGAAGGCCGGAAACGCCUGCGAAGGUAAACCGCUGCCACCGCCGCCGACCGUCGCGAGCCUCGCCGUGCCCACGCCCCGUCACGCUCGGGCACGCAUCGAGCACGGCCACCACGACCACAACCACGACGACGACCACGACGACGCCAACGCCAACGCCAACGCCAACGACGAGUGUCGGCGGUCGCCAACGACACAGCGCCGAGCCGACUCAUUUCCCUCAGAUCGAGACAACGAAUCGGUCGGCCGCUCGCAGCUAUUAGACGGUUGCUACAGCGCACCGGGGCGGCCGACGAUCGGGACGUCGUGCACGCAGAGAGCCUCGAUCGGCACACCCCUGCCUGUCGUCCGCGUCCGCGUCCGUCUGCGUCUGCGUCUGCGUCUGCGCCUGCCACACGAAAAAAAACACGGCCAUCCGUCCGUCCGGCGUCGGAUCGCCAGCGCCGCGACCGACGCGGGAGGUUUUCACGCACCGCAAUUGGGCAAGUAA